CAAAUACUUUCUUGUAUAUGCAUUAACAGACUAUUGACAUAAUUGACAAUACUAAGUACACGUUUUUGUAUCCAGAAUAAAGGGUUUUCUUGGCAUAAGAACAAGUAAUCAUGGAUGUCUCUCAAUUGGAAAGACAGUGUAGAGAUUACGCGAGAUGUCUGUAUGACGAGGGAGAUAUUGAUGAACAAUUUAUACAACUUCAAAAAUUGCAAGACGAAAGCAACCCAAGUUUUGUUUUUGAAGUUAUUUCUCUUUUCUUUGAAGAUACCGAGAAGCUUCUGUAUAAUUUGACUUCUGCUCUUCAUCAAGAGAAUGUCGAUUAUAAGCAAGUAGAUGCUCAUGUACACCAGCUCAAAGGUAGUAGUUCCAGCAUAGGUGCACUAAAACUAAAGAAUUUGUGUAUUGUCUUCCGAAAUUAUUGUGGUGAGAAAAACCGUGAGGGGUGUCUAGAAUGUCUGCAACAAGCGAAACGUGAGUGCAUCCUCAUACGGAGCAAACUCGAAGUCUUGUUUAAUAAAAAAAGAAGGAUAAAUGGGUGGGAUCCCUCUAGUCCCAUGUAUUGUCUGGUACCCGGAGCGCACACCGGCACACCGCAUAGAACUCAUGCCCGGUGAGUCACCAUUCUCACACAUGGAUUACAAUAUAUAGUUUCUGCCCUUGCCUUAGGCAAGAUUUGAACCUGUACAGCCUUCGUCUAUGGGACCAUGUAUUCACAUUGUGGCGGUAUCUAUGAUCAAUUGGUCAUAUAUAUGUUUCUAGUAGCAUCUAACUUAACUAAGGCAAGUUUAUAAAACGGAUUCAUAUUUCUGGUCCUCCAUCUAUUUUAAACUCUCCCGUAUUUGCCUUUAGAAGCACCUAAAGAGGUGCUACUAGUAGCACCCAUCAUCUUCUCUUUAUGAGUUACUGAAUUAGAGAUGAUUGGUGUAUCUAGAAGGUAUCGAGAAGGUUUGUCCUCACAAUAAUUACCUUUAAAAGCACCUAACUUAGGGGCUACCAGUAGCACCCAUCAUUUUCCCGUAAUGAAUUAUGUAACAUAGAAGGUAUGUCCUUGCAAUAUUAAUGAUCUAGUUUUGAAAUAAGCAAAGAAGGAUUUAUGACAUCUGAGCUUUUGUGUGCUAAAAGUAUAUUUUCUGCAACUUUUGACCCGUUUGAAACAUUUUACCAUGCAUUUUUAUUUUUAACCAUUUGACCCAUUAAGGAUUAACCUAUAGAUCGUCUGUAAGUCAAUGUGUUCAUAUUAAGACCUCUACUUGUGUGCAUAGUUGCCGAAAUGAAAAUACUAACAUAGAGCAAGGCCAUGUUUGUAGAUUUCUGAAUCCUUUCGCUAUUCGCCUAUUCUUAUACUGUCAUCUUU